AUGAAGAGUUCUAUUGUUACAAUUACACUUACUGUGUUCGUUGUGAGUGGCAAUGCGGCGAGAUGCUGGUCUGGUGGUUCGGGUCAAAAUGGAUGUUCCGGUACCCAGUAUUGGGCCAAUUGGUGCGCUGCUACAACAGAUGACCCAGGAGCGGCGAAAGGGCCAGCGAAUAAUAACUGCGAAUUUAAGGGGAACUACGCUAAUAUUGGCAAGUUAUAUUGUGUAUGUACUACCGCAUAUUUAAACAAACACCAACUAACUCUUAAUAAAGUGCACCAAAUCUGUCUAAUGUGA